AUGGCACAAACAGUUUUAUCACCUCCUAAGCCAGAAAAGCCCUCGGGUCCCACAAAAUUAAAGGAAGCUUUCAGAAAGAGAAGUGGGGCAGCUGGUGGGACCCGCAGGCGUAUGGUUCAAGAUGAUAGUGUUCAUGAUGAUGAGGUUGAUGUUUCAAUUCCAGGGGCAAAAAAGGGAAGAAAGUGGAGUAAAGCUAUUAGGAAAGCAGCUAGGAUGCGGGUAGCUCGGGAAGCCGAACCGGUCAAAGUAGAACUAAUGGAAGUUGGUGAAGAAGGUAUGUUGAUUGAUGAGCUGGCGUAUAAUUUAGCUAUGACUGAAGGUGAAAUAUUAGGGCAUCUUUAUGCAAAGGGUAUUAAGCCUGAUGGGGUGCAGAAGCUUGAUAAGGAAAUGGUGAAGAUGGUUUGUAGGGAGUAUGAGGUGGAAGUUAUUGAUGUGGGUCCCAUUAAAAUAUCAGAACAAGCUAAAAAGAAAGAAAUUUUUUAUGAAGAAGACUUGGAUCAUUUACAAGAUAGACCCCCUGUUCUCACAAUCAUGGGUCAUGUUGAUCAUGGAAAGACAACCCUUUUGGAUUUUAUCCGGAAAACCAAGGCGGAUAAAGCGUCCAUGUUGGAUGAUAUUAUAGAGUACGUCAAGCAAUUGCAAGCACAUGUUCAUAUGAUGAGUAAAAUGAACAUGUCAUCCAUGAUGACGCCAUUAGCCAUGCAACAACAACAAAUGCAGAUGGCCAUGAUGAAUUCAAUGGGCAUGGGGAUGGGUAUGGGAAUGGGAGGCAUGAUGGAUAUGAACACUUACAGUGGUCUUGUACCUGCAACGGCUGGUAUCAGUCAUGUUGCCAUCCAGUUUCCAGCAUAUGAGAAGAUUAAAGGCUAUCUAGCUAGAAGAGAUAAUAUAGAGGUGGAUCAACUUGGUGCACGUGAUGUUGCUGUGGCCUCUUCAGUUUCUAAAGUAUUUGCAUCUACUCUCACAUAUCCACAUGAGCUUAACUGUAAUUUCAUGUUGGAUUGUACGAUUUGA